AUGGUCUCUCUUCGCAUCGCCACUUGCCUCGCGGCCUUUGUUGCUGCCGUCAGCGCCGCUCCUGUGACCGCCGAGCCCCAGCUGUCUUAUGAGACCCUCAACGUGACCGGCACCAGUGACCGCAACCUUCGCAAGGGAGAGCGUAUUGUCUUUGGCUCCAACGGACGCACCUCCAUCGUCAGCGAGAGUACCUACAAGCUUCUCCUGAAGGUCGAGGGCGUGUCUGAGGAGACCCCCGAGAUCGACUGGGAGUACAUCCGGGCUGGCGACGCCAUCGCCGCCGCCAACGCCCUGCGCAACGACACGCACCUGGACAAGCGCGACUGCUCCAACGACAUCUCGUACGUCGUCGACACCCAGCAGCGGUUCGUCGACUGGGACGUGCAGAUGUCGCCCGUCAUCAUCGGUGCCGGAAGCCACGGCAUCGACAUCACCAUCUCCAAGUCGUGGACCGUCUCCAACGCCAUCACGGCCGGCGGCAGCUUCGACCUCAGCUCCCUGUACUCGAAGCUCGGCGCCACCUUCAAGGUCGACUACCAGCGCACCUGGACCACUGCCCAGGGUUACAUGGUCCGUGCCACCGUCGACCAGGGCGAGACCGGCGUCGUCAUCACCGAGCCCUGGACCAACCGCAAGUACGGCCGUACCUUUGCCGGCUGCCCUGGUUCGCUGCGCCAGGUCGGCACCUUCAUGGCUGACUCUCACGAGGAUGGCUCCUACGAGGGCGUCUCCUGGGUCAGCGGCGCCAUCACUGGCUGCAUCAAGAAGCAGAGCAGCAUUCCCCUGACCCGCUGCCACGGAUCCGGCAGCUUCCGUUAA